UGGGCACUGACUGGCAGCAGCACUGCUGGGCUGCACUGGUGGGUGGCACUGGUGGGCAGCACUGCUGGGCACAGAUGUAAUAUAUGUUCUAAUCCGGGGGGGACUGACAACUCAUGGGGCCCCCGGGCAAUAGGGGAUUAUGGGGCCCCUGUGUCCUUGCCCAAACUCAAAAAAGCCUAUGAAAAAGGUACCAUCUCAUGGGGCCCCCUACUGACCCUGGGCCCUUGGGCAGUGCCCGAGUUUCCAAAUGGUCAGUCCGCCCCU